UCUAUAUUUUUUUUUCCUGAAUGAUGAGUAGUGCAAGAAAUGGGUUGCCCUUCACUGCCUCUCAGUGGCAAGAGCUUGAACACCAAGCUUUAAUUUACAAGUACAUGGUUUCAGGCAUCCCUAUACCUCCUGAUCUUCUGUUUACCAUCAAAAGGAGCUGUUUGGACUCAUCACUGCCUUCAUCAAAGCUUUUUUCUCAUCAACCUCCACAUAUUGGGUGGAGCCGUUUUCAAAUGGGUUUGGGGAUAAAAGUUGAUCCAGAGCCAGGAAGGUGUAGGAGAACAGAUGGAAAGAAAUGGAGAUGCUCAAAACAAGCAUAUACAGACUCAAAAUACUGUGAGAGACACAUGCACAGAGGCAAGAAUCGUUCAAGAAAGCCUGUGGAAGUUACCCCAACAACAACACCAACUCUGUCCUCAAUCAACAAAACAUCCUAUACUCUCAAUUCACUUUCCUCUGAAAAUUACAAUACCCAUCUCAAUCAUGCCCAUUUAUGUUCCAACACAUCAAGUUCUAGACCUCCUGAAAUUAGUCUGCCACCAAGAGACAGCUCUACCCACUUGGGUUUGGACUCUGGUUCAUAUUCCCUCAAUAGCACAGAUUACAGAAACAGGUAUAUUUAUGGGCAGAAAGAGGAUGUUGAUGAGCAUGCUUUCUUCUCAGAACCUUGUGGGACUAUAAGGAGCUUUUCUGGAUCAUCAUCUAUGGAUGAUUCUUGGCAACUCACACCCUUGACUAUAAGUUCUUCUUCUUCAAAACAGAGGAAUGACUACUCUUACUUGCAGCUUCAAAGCAGUCUCACUGCUCAUCAAAAGCAAGAUCAGCAUAAUUAUCUUCUGGGUAGUGAAAUGGCCUUAAAAUUGGAGAGGGAAGAGGAAGAAGAAGAACCCCAGAAGACUAUGCAUCAUUUCUUUGAUGAGUUGCCACACAAUCAUAGGAACUCAUGGCUUGACUUGGAUCAUGAUAAAUCAUCAAUUUCAACAACUAGGCUCUCUAUUUCCAUUCCAUCCUCUUCACCAUUUUCACAUCUUCCCUACAAGAACAGCCCAUAAUGGUAAACCAAAGUCCUGUACUAAUUUUUCUUCAUGUAUCUUAACUUGAAUGGUGUAAUUGGUAUCAAAGGUGGGUUUUUGUAGUGAAGAGCAAAAUGUACCUGCAUAGUGGGGAAGUCUUAUGUUGUGAGGUCUGAGGAGUAGUGAUGUUUUUUUCUUUCUUUUUUUGCAAAAUGUGGUUGGGGUUAA